CAUACCUAGGUGCUGCGGUGGCAUACUACUUUUAGCCGCUGCAAAAAAUAGUAAACUACGUACCGAUAUAAUUUUAUUGUGUUCUUCAGCGAAAUCAGUUUUGUAUUUUGCAUUAGGUUUUUCUUUACAUCCUGUCUCUGCAUUUACGACGUCUCAAGGCGUACCUUUACGAUAUCCUCUCACUGAACUAAGUAGACACAGCAUAUUUCUAUCAACCUCUUAAUAUCUGACUUAGAAUGCCAUUGAAAAGAAAAACGGAAUAUAAAUCAAUAGAAAAACUUGAUCAAAAAUUGGUUAAAAAAGCUUCUUCAGCAUUAUUGCAAUAUGUGAAACAAAAGGGAUACAAUCCUGAAAAAGAAAGGAUAUACUUGCAAAUUAACACAUUUCAUCCACCCGAAAACGAAGCGCUAAGGAGACCCAGUAAAAUUUUUCUUCCUAAUCGUGUUUUACGUGCAGAAGAUGCUUGUUUAUUCGUGAAAGGAUCACAGCAGCAAAUACAGGACGAGAUAGCAAAACAAGGAUUAGACGAGAUGAUUACAAAAGUUGUUAGCAUUGCAAGACUGAAGCUAAAAUACAAAACUGUGAAAGAAAAAUGUCAGUUACGUGAUUCCCAUGGAUUCUUUUUCAUGGAUAAACGAGCUGCAAAGGAUGUGACAGCAUUAAUGGGUAUGGUGCUUGCUCAGAAAAAGAUCAAAACUUUCCCAAUUUCCCUCGAUCAAAAGAAAGAUACCAUCCGUCACCAGGUUGCGCGUUGUCUGCAUUCCACUUUUUUCCAAUUAUCCGCCGGUACAAGUCAUUCUAUUCUAUGCGGACUCGCUUCACAAAGCAGCGAACAGUUGCACCAAAAUAUAGAAGCCAUAUUUCGUUUUCUGCUAGGAAAAUUUAUUCCUAGGGGAUGGAAUGCGAUUGACAAUGUUGCUAUAAAGACAGCAGACAGUGCCUCUCUUCCUAUUUGGCAAUCAGACAAGGCAGUUGCUGAGUAUAAGAGGAAUAUUGUUCAUAUCCAAGACAGCCGUCCUCCUACCAAGAAGGAGUUACGAGCAAUUCAAAAGGGGACUCAAGUCCCUAAUAAACCCCUCUAAAACGGCUUUAUUAAGCUAUUGCUUGGUUCAUCGGGAUCCAAGUUGCGUAAUGUGUCUCUAGGCAUGGGUUUAAGACAAAGUUUUUGUAUUUCUUUUGGGAUAUAACACUGGUUAAUCGGGUUCAUUCUUCAUUUCAGCAACCAACCCUAGAAAGAUUCUUUAUAAGGCAGGUAUAUAAUAAGAACUUGGGUUUUGGAUACUGUCAGGCAAAAGGUUAGACGUUAGUUUACAAUCUUCCAAAAAGAAAGAAAGUAAAAGAAGAACUAAAUAUUAUUUAUAUACAUACACAUAUACAUUUAGUGCUAGUUUAUUUUAUUCAUCCAAGCUAAUUUUCAUUAGUCUCUUAUAGUAAUAUUAACUUAACGAUAUUUCAUUCUGUACCUCCCACCUCAA